UUCUGCCAGAACCCAACUCCUGUUGUGGACACGGCUGAGUGCACAGGUAGAAUCUACCUGGCUCUAACCAUGAUCCAGUCGGGCCUUAUCUUAUCGACCAUUUGACAGCUAGCCUUUCUUUGCCUUCGAAAUCAUUGGGAAUAUGAAAGGGAGCUUGGUGUCUUGUUGCUGAGUUAUGCCAAAGAAAUGGAGAUAUUCAAGAGAGCGAAGGCUGCCAUUAGGGCUUUGAAGGGAGUGCCCGAGAUCGAAGAGCAUCUGAACCGCGAUGCAUUUGGCCUUGCCGAGACCGUCCGCCAUGGAUUUCCUCACAUGGCGACCACCCUGGCCGUCGAUCAUGUGCAAGGUUUGAUUGCUGUCGGCAACAGAAGCGGUGUUAUUCGGAUAUUCGGCAGACCAGCAGUUGAGGUCAGCGUGAGGCAUGAGGUCAAGGAUUUCGAGUCCUGUCAGGUGCUGCAUUUGGCUUUCAUGCCUAAUGAGGGUGCGUUGUUGAGCGCAACAUCGGACAACACUCUGCACAUGUGGGAUCUCAAGAGCAAGGAGAUCACCGUAGCCCAAUCGGUGCAUUUCGAUGAGGAGUCGGUGACAGCUGGAGCGAUCACUUCACUAUGCGCGCCCAUACAGUCUGACUGGAUCUAUGUUGGCCUGAGCUCUGGCAAUGUUUUCAUGGUCAAUGCCAAGACCUUCCAAGUGUCCGGCUAUACCAUCUACUGGAACAAAGUGGUUGAACUGUCGCAGCGUGCACGACCUGGUGCUGUCAAUGCGAUUCUUGAACAUCCCACAGACUGUGGAAAGAUUCUGAUAGUGUAUGACCACCUGUUAGUUCUGUGGGACUUGCGUCGUCAAUCACCUGUCUACCGGUGUCCAACAAAGGAGGCUGUGCGCGGUGCCGACUGGAGCAGCGACGGCAAGAGCUUCAUGACCGGACUACGCAACGGCUCCCUGGCCACGUGGAACAGCAAGGAUGGCAAGCUGAUGCGCAUGACUCGUCCCCAUGCGGUCCACACUGGUGAGCUAGCUUGCCAUGGAAUUCACAAACUGAAGUGGAUGUCCACAAAAGACGAGCCUAUAGUGUUCUUCACGGGUGGUAUGCCAGUGCAGCAAGAUGGCAUGACCAACACACUUACCAUUCUUAGCAGCUCUCAGGAGCUGCAGGUGGUCGAGUACGAGAGUCGUGUGGUGGACUUUUGCCUGCUGAAGACUGGUGUCUAUCCAAGUGACACGCAAGAUCCUCACUCUGUUGUUGUACUACUUGAGGAUACCAUUGAAGUGAUUGAUCUACUCUCACCAUCGUGCAAUGAGUUCACAAUGCCCUAUGACAUCACAUUACAGUCACCGACCAUCACUUCAGUGUUGUACGAGGGAGACUUGCCAGCCGAAGUUGUUGGACUGCUUGUGUCGGCUGGAAGCAAGCAAGUACCCAAAGAGGGCUCAACACGGGUAAGCAGGUCUUGGCCGCUGACGGGUGGUAGUCGUGGCAAGAGUCCCACCAAGCAAACAGCAGAUCUCAUCGUAACUGGGCAUAUAGAUGGAUCUGUUCGCUUUUGGGAGUCAACAUCAACCACUCUCAUGUCCCUGUACACCUUUGACUCCGCUGUCCUGUAUGAACCGCGUAAGACAACCUGCCGGUCAAAGUCCGCUCCGUCCUCGCCAACAGAUGGUGCCGGGGCAGCGACGGCCCACGCAUCGGGUGAUGAAACUGAUGGUCCCUUUCGGCGACAGGUGCCGAGCGAGUCUUCUCCCAACGAGAAUUGGGAUAUGGUGGAGGGUGUACCAACUGAAGAGGAUACAUCACCUGUGACAUCUGCACAGGCAGCAGCAGGUGGCAGUCCAACUGAAGCCCCACGGGAAACCAGUGGCAAUCAGGCUGCAGCGGCGCAAGCUGCAGUGCGAGCCUCUCCAGUAGCCCAGCCAGUUGCCCCAGCACCUGUAAGUGCUGCCCCUAUUGCAACGCCCAUCGGUGGUCCUCCGGCCACUACUACCAUUACACCGGCCAAGCAGCAGGCAACGGCAGCAGCUGCGGCAACCACCCCUCCUGUAAGUGGUAAAGCAUUGCCGUCGGCAAGUUCAGCUCCACGUUGUACACAACCCACAACACCCGGGCCUUCCAACAAAGAACCACGAGCCGUGACAACACCGGAAGCCACUACUGGCGGCAACAACACGGCUGCCAGUUCUACUCCGAGGCAAUCAUUGGAGAAAAGUCCCGACAGUAUGGCGGCUGAAAUGCCACAGACUGAACCAGCCGAGCUUGCUGCUGCACCGACAUCCUUGAGAUUUCCUUUUGCAAUCCGACACAUGCGCUUCUGCCGCCGCUCCCUAUCACUGACUCUCUGCAACGAACUCUCGUCUGUAGUAGUUUGUCAGUUUGGUCUGGAGCCGAGAGAAGUCCGGGAAAUCCUUGUGAGCUUGGCAAAUCCCCACUGUCCGAAUCCAGUGAAGUCCCUUGAUACAGCACCAUCAUCGGUCGCGGGAUCAGAGCAUCCUGCAGUUGAGACCAUACCCGAGGAUGCUGCUGCUGCUGCUGCUGCUGCUGCUGAUCCUGAAUCCGUGGGAUAUGUGGCGCGUUCGGCUAGCACGUGCCUGGUGCCGUGGCGUUGCCGUAACCUGGCCGUGGAGCAGCAAGCGUGCGGCUAUCACCCGAUUGUGUGCGUGCAGUGUUGCGAUGCUGUCACUGGGUCCGUGUCUUCUUGUGGACUGACUUCAGUUGCCACCGACAUUGCUCAUGGAAUUCUGGCCAUUGGCUCGGCGGAUGGUGUUGGCGUUUUCGACAUUCAACGGCAGACUGUCAUUCUCACUUCCGGUCUCGACAGUCUUAAAGAUGUGCUCUGUAUCGAGAGAGGCGAGCGCAGUGACAAGCCAGAGCGCAGCGAGAAGUCGGAAAGGACCGAAAAUCCCGAGAAAACACCGAGGAUUGACAAGAGCGCAAAGGCUGAGAAGAGUGCAAAGAGUGGCACGAGUCCUGUUCCCCGUUCACCAUCUGUUGAAGGUGAUGGUGUGCCGAAGAAGAGUGCAAAGAGUCCUUUAGCAUCUGUGCCCCGUUUAGCAUCUGUUGAUGUUGAAAGUGUGGCGAGGAAGAGUGCAAAGUUCUUCCUGCGUCGCAAGAGAAAGUCGUCGAAGACUGACUUGCCAUCUCCAGAGUCAGCAGAAGCCCCACCAGUGUCGAGUACAAAGAACUAUGAGCAUAAUGUGGACCAAGUAUCAGAGGGGGAGCAGGAAGACUCUGUAUCAACACUGCCUUCUGCAGCAGCAGCAGCAGAAGCCGGAGCAACAGCAACAGCUCGUGGCAGUGUACCGACAUUGUCACCGGCGGCCUGCCAGACUCUGCUGCUUGCUGAGACAUUUUCUCACCAGUCGACAACAGAUCAGCAUCUGUACUGUAGCGUGUGGUGUGGCUCGUCCACCGGCCAGGUCUAUGCGCUCAGCCUGGUGCCGCUGCCAACCGACCAGGCGCCCUCCUCCGUCUCAUCGGCAUCAUCAACUGGCACCAAUGCGGGUACUGGAUGGGGUGUCUACUAUCAUGCACUGUAUAUGCCAGUGUGUCGAGAGGAGCCUAUCACCGACCUGGCUGUACUGAACCAGCAUGGCCGAGUGCUAACAUCAGCCUCUAAGCAGGAUGCAGCGGAAGAGGAGUUUAUUGCUCAUCUCGAAGGUAAGCCAACAGAAGAGUUCAAGAAAGAUCAGUUCCACUUCCUAGUUGUCUGCUCUGAUCAACACAGUUGGGUUUACGCUUUGCCGUCGAGUGGUCGUGAGACCCACAAAUACCCGGAGGCAACCUACGUGGUCAAGUCAGCUAUUGUUGAUAUCAACGGGUCAGCAUGUUUGUCAGCCCUGACCCUGGACGGCCGAUUGCUAGCAUACAGCCUGCCCAGUAUGACACCACUGCUGGAUGCACCUAUCGAUCUGCCCGGCGGUGUGGAUGUCAGAACGGUGCGUUCAUUUGCAUGGGCCAAUGGCGGACAAAUCCUGUACAUGCCUUCUUCAACGGAAAUCCAGCGCCUGUGCAUGGUGAAGGAAAAUGUCUUGAAGCUACCUGGUUCACUGCCUGCUACGUAUGUAGAGAAGGAGUUCCCGAAGAGGCAGGAGAAGGGUCUGUUUGCUAGCUUGUUCUCAUCCACACCUGAGCAGCUUGAUCGAGAUGAGCUCUUCGGCAAGGACCACAGUGGUGUGGCAUCGCAGGCUGUUGCUACGCGACAGCCGGGAAGUUUGGACAAGUUGAAGGGCGAAGUUGCUCACUCUAAUGACGUCUUCUCCCGGGCACGGCAGAAUCUUGAUGAACGAGGCGAGAAACUAAACGACCUUGGUCUCAAGACAGAGAAGAUGUCAGAGAAUGCUUCGGAGUAUGCUCGAAAUGCCCGGCUUCUCGCCGAGAAAUACCAGAACCAGCGAUGGUGGCAGCUCUUCUAAGUCUGCAGCCACUGGUAGGCAGCAGGCAAUCAGUGUUUCCUGUCUUUGUCAUCGACUCGUCCAUGACGCUAGCUGCACUGCGCAUGUGUGUGUGCUAAUGCUGGUUUGAUCUCUGCAUGGUAGUGAGCAGUACGGUCAUCGCACUUCUAGGCUAGAAUUCACACAGUGCCGGCUGAUUGUUCCGGGCUUUUUGUCAGUGUACCUACAGCGCUGCUCCGGUGAACUUCGGCAUCACUGACUGAGGAGUAUCUAGGCACUUCCUUUGUGCACCACGUAUGCUCUUCUAUCUUUGUUUUCCUUUUUUUUUUGAAUUCCUGUAUAUGUUUGUAUGUUGCCCAACCAGAAGCUGAGGUGUGGCACAAUGCUGUUCUCUUCUUCCCACUGACAGAAGUGUAUUGCUUACUGUCACUAGCUGUUGUCACUAGCUGUCAUUAGCGUAUUCAUGUCCACUCUAAUGCUGGAGUACAUGUUUGAUUUUCAAUUUUAUCUAAAAUUUCAAGCCAACCCGCUACGUCUCCCCGGAUACCCUAUUCACCGAUUUCUACUCGUAGCUGUCAUAAUAAUGCCGUGGAUGGCCGUACUUAUUGCCACCUUGUGCACCGACUAUUUUCUCGUGCGGGGAUCAUUUCAUAUUAUUAAAUAUUAAUUAUUGAUUCUAUAUUUUGAAGCACACAACGCUAGUCCUAUACUGCCGGUCAUUAUCGCACCCGCAGCAUUCAAUACCUCAACCCAUAUCCCCGCUGCCUCCGUCAAGCGCGCAGUUGCAGUUUCCAGUCUGAUUUUACCUCUAAGCUAACCGUGCCUUAUCACACCGCCGCCGCCGCCGUCUCACUCAACAGGCAUUCGUCCAAGGUGGCAUUGUCUGCUGCUAGCAGUUCUGUCUCACCUGGUAUUUUGUCAUGUUUCCUUUUUGAGUUUUUUUUCUCACUGCGAUCAGAUCGAUGAUUUGUCAUUGUGAUUCCUGUACUUUUAACACUGAAUGUUUGCUUGCACCACCAGUACCAGUUUAGUUUGUUAUCCCGGCUGUUUUUUUGUAGCAGUAGCAUUAUUCCGAGCUGUUUUUUUGUUUGUUUUUGCGCAGAUUUUGGUGGAACAUUUCCAAAACCCAUAAUGAUCUAUCACGCCCCCCCCCCCUCCCCGCGCACAAUUUCCCGUGCUUUCCUUGAAACUAACGUUACUUCUGA